AUGCUGCCUCUAGCACAGAAAUCGAUCCAGGGUCAGCGUAAGGCCGAACUGGGACCACGAAGCGGUUUCAGCUUCAUCAACUGCCGGCGCAAUGCGAAGCUACUGGCCGAGGGCUAUCAGCCGCCGACGGCGGUGCGCACUGGCACCUCCAUUGUGGGCAUCAUCUGUCAGGACGGCGUUAUCCUGGGGGCUGACACGCGAGCCACCGAGGGCCCCAUUGUGUCCGACAAGAACUGCUCCAAAAUCCACCAUCUGCAGCCCCACAUCUAUUGCUGCGGUGCUGGCACCGCCGCCGACACUGAAAUGAUGACUCAGCUGACCUCCUCGGAGCUGGAUCUGCACCAGCUGAACAUGGGCCGGCAGGUGCCGGUGGUCUGUGCCAGCUUAAUGCUGCGCCGCACUCUCUUCCGCUACCAGGGGAAUAUCGGUGCCGCAUUGGUCAUGGGCGGAGUGGACAGGUGGGGGCCGCAGAUCUAUUGCAUCUAUCCGUGCGGCUCCAACGACAAGCUGCCGUACGCGGCCAUGGGAUCGGGCACUCUGGCCGCCAUGUCCGUGCUGGAGCACGGCUGGAAGCCGGACCUCGAUCAGGAGCAGGGCAAGCAGCUGGUGCGCGAGGCCAUCUCGGCGGGUGUCUUCAAUGACCUGGGCUCCGGCUCGAAUAUCGAUCUCUGUGUGAUCACCAAAGCGGGCUCCCAGUACCUGCGCACAGACACAAUCGCCAGCGAGCGUGGCGAGCGCCAGGGCAUGUACUCCAUCAAGCCGAACACCACGCUGGUCAAGUCCACCUCCGUGCAGAGCAUCCUGGUGGCCGACGAGCGCUCCUAUCGCGUCUCCCUGUUCUCCUCCCGCUGGAUUUUCUUCUCCGAGUUGAAUUUGGGACACAGUUCGUGGCCCGCACAGACCGAUCCCGAUAAGGAUGAGCAGCCGCAAGUGUCUGCUCAGAGCGAGCAGCAGAAGGAGCCAGAGGCAGAGCCUCAAGUGCAGAAUCAAGUGCAGGAUCAACCACGCCCAGAUUCUCAAUAAUCGAAUCUAAAUUUUGCUCGAAAAGUAACCAAAAAAAAUUAUCCGUUUUCAUAAAUGUUAUGUACAAUGCAUACAUAC